AACACAGGAUUGGUGCCAAACACAAACACCAGCCACGCAGUGUGAAGCUUGUCCACUAACAGGUAACUGGGAGGGGACCUUCCCACCCAGGAGCAAAAGGGGCAGGCCGGAGACAAUGAUCAGUUAACACCACCCUCUUCCCCCCAAAAACAAACCCGGCGCCCUCUCCACUGACGGUCCAGUGGGCUUGUGCUUCAGACUUGCUGCAGCGGUGGCCGGAUCGGCGACUCCCGCGCUCCGAGGGAACAGUCCCCGCCCUCGGGCUGCAGCGUGGCAGCGGUGCCGCGCCUCGGCCUGGUGCCGGAGCUCGGCCGUCUGUGUCCUGCCCGGACCGGAGACUUCCCCACACCCCUCCCCGGCUUCCACCCCGCCAUGUCGGCCCUGCGCAGAGCAAGUUCCAGAAAGGCGGAGGAGAGGAGCGGCCGCGGCCCGCACGGUGACCAGGCCCGGCCCAGUAUCAAAAAGAACAAAUCCAAGCAAGCAACCUGGUGGAAGUGGUUAGCAGUUCUGAUAUCAGUUACUCUUUCUGUUUUUUGUUUGGUUGUGCUUUGGGAUUAUCUGCACGAGAAUGACUCGAAAGAAGUGUUUGCUCGGCAGACAGAUAUCUUGAAAGGAAAAUUUUUUGAAGUACCAUGUUCCAAAGAUUAUGAAAAUUACAAACGAUUUGCAGGUUGCACACCAACAAAAUGUGGCAGGGCAGUGAAAGACACUGUGGUUAAUCGAGAGGAGGCAGCGAGGAUACUACGUAUAGCGAAGAGAGGACUGUCUCUGGGCGGAUCGGAUGGUGGGGCCUCCAUUCUUGACCUGCAUUCUGGAGCUCUGUCAAUGGGGAAACAGUUCGUCAAUAUCUAUAGGUACUUUGGUGAGCAAGUAAAAGAUUUAUUUGAUGAAGAAGACUUCGCAUUAUACAGUGAUGUGAGAUGGCGAAUUCAGAAAGCAAUAGCUGAAACAUUUGGGAUUGAUUCAACUCGCUUACACCUCACAAAGCCCACUUUUUUCUCAAGGAUGAACAAUACUGAAGCCAAGACAAUGCAUGAUGAAUACUGGCAUCCACACAUUGAUAAGGUGACUUAUGGAUCAUUUGACUACACUUCAUUACUAUACUUGUCUGACUACAAGACUGAUUUUGGUGGUGGAAAAUUUGUAUUCAUUGAUGAACUUGCUAACAGAACUGUGGAGCCUCGGAUAGGUCGAGUUUCAUUCUUCACAUCGGGCUCAGAAAAUCUCCAUUAUGUGGAAAAGGUGGAGUGGGGCACCCGGUAUGCCAUCACUGUAUCCUUCACAUGUGAUCCAGCCCAUGCCAUCAAAGACCCUUCGUUACCAUGAACUGGUUGGCAUACAGAAGAGCAGAGGGCAAGCAUGUUAUCCCUGGAAAGUAGUUAAUGAAAACACAGCAGUAAAUCAGUUGUACAUUUUAACAAAGUUAGAUCAUGUGCUGAUUGAAAGUAAAAUAGAGAGUGAAUAAUGUGGUGUUGGUAAUUGGGCUCUGUUGUCUCAUCACUAUCAGUAUUUCAAGAAUAGUUAAUUUUUAAUGGUGUAUGUAAUGGUUUUUGUUGGAGUUCUGAAUAUAUGUUAAUUGUUACUGUUUAAAUGAAGUUAAGAACUGAUUGGUCAUUAGAUAUUGCUGUUAAAUUGAUCAAGUAUUCUCACUUUACAUCAACUUUUGGUACUUGACUGAUUUGGUAUUGAAAUUAUUAACAGGCUGGCCAAAUAUUGAAGUUAUGAACUGGUUGAUGAAAUAGUUAAGUUAUUAAUUGACUGGCCAAAUAGUUAUUAACUGGAUGAUAAGGCAUUCUCAGUAUUGAGGGACACUCUAAGAGAGAACUGUCUGAUCAAGUACAAAAAUUGCUAUCUAAAACCAAAAAAACUGCAGAUGCUGGAAAUCUGAAUUAAAAAUAAUGAAUGAAUAUGGAUCAAGUAUUGACGGAGCUAUCAUUAGAAUUGCAGUUUGGACUUCUUAUCUAGUUUGUACAUUUUACCUUUUAUUGAAGCCUACAUGUAUUGGGUAUAAAACUUUCACACAAAAAAUAUACAACAUUUUUCAUAUUUCUUCACUAAAAAUAAUAUCAGGUCAGCACUGUUCUAAUGAGGAGCUUUCAAGAUAGUUGUUUCUCGUGCUAGAAUUGUCAUAUUAACCUCUGGCAGUGUUUGUACCUGAGUAGAUUUUAUGAGAGAAUCUAUAUAAAUAAAUGCUGUGAGUUUUGGGGUUUAA